AUGGCAAACCUCACAAAGCUCGAACAACACCUUGCAACUCGCUCUUACAUUGAAGGAUAUACGCCUUCGCAGGCAGACGUCGAGGUCUUCCAGGCCAUCCAGACGCCCCCCACCACCCAGCACGCGCUGAGAUGGUACAACCACAUCAAAUCGUACGAAUCCGAGUUUGCCAGCCUUCCCGGUUCCAGCGAAGGUGGCAAAGCGUUCCUCGGUGCUGACGAGGCCCCUGCUGCCGCUGCUGGUGGUGGAGAUGACGAGGAUAUCGAUUUGUUCGGUUCGGAUGAGGAAGAAGACGCAGAAGCUGAGGCGAUCAAGGCUCAACGUGUCAAAGAGUACGAAGAGAGAAAGGCCAAUAAGAAAAAGGUGGUUGCCAAGUCGGUCGUAACGAUGGAUGUCAAGCCUUGGGAUGAUGAGACCGACAUGGUUGAGCUCGAAAAGUCGGUCAGGAGUAUCGAGCAAGAGGGUUUGGUUUGGGGAGCCAGUACGCUCGUCGCCAUUGGUUAUGGUAUCAAGAAGCUCCAGAUCAACCUUGUCAUCGAGGACGAGCUCGUCUCGCUCGAUGAGCUCCAGGAAAAGAUUGCCGAGUUUGAAGACUAUGUCCAGAGUACUGAUAUUGCUGCCAUGCAAAAGCUCUAA